UUGUUGUUGUUUCUACUGUUUCUGUUUCUGCUCAAAGAAAACGCACCCUGAGAGAGAAAUACUGGAAUUUGGAAAUAUUCGCCUCACUGAUUUUCGCUCACGGCUGGGUAUAUUGUGGUCUUUGCAUCCUUCAGCACAAAUCUGGUUUACUGCAAAAAGACUAAACGAAGAAAGUCGUUCGAGAUGGAUUUAGAGGAAAUAAUGUGUGUUCCACUAAAUUUUCUCCCAAAGUUUGUGGCCUUUAAAAUACUAAGUGCUGAAAGAAUUGACAAUUUGACCAAGCCUGGGACUAAAAACAAUAUCUUAGUCUUGCAAUUUGCAACAUUUAUUAAAUUGCAAAUCUACGCUGACAGUACAUACCAGCGUUUUACAGCAGCAAUGGUAAAAGCAUUCAAUGAUGACAUAAAGUCAGGAAACAAAUGGUAUGUCAUACGGAUCAGUUCGGAUGGAGACAAGUUUAUUGCUGCUAAAUUAAUGACUGAAGAAGAGGUAAAUCAUAACAAAUUUCAAAUUUUUGAUGUUUCCAGCUAAAAUUCAUGCUUUAUUUUAAUAAAAAGCGAGGAGUCCCAUUAGUGCAAGAAAUCAAAGUUCAUUUUGUAUAGAAAUGAAUCACACAUAUGUUUCCGUUAUUGUUUUUUGAAUUAAAGUUUAAAAAUGUA